AUGCAAUGGAAAUACAAAAGUUGGAAAGAACGAUGGAUUUUUGUGCUGUGGGUGAUAUUUCUUGUGCCAUUGAUCGUGGCUCAAAAAAUAGGUGAUCCGUAUAAGAUACUUGGUAUACACCGCAGAGCCACCCUUCCCGAAAUACGUAAGGCUUACAGGCAACUAGCGAAAGAGUGGCACCCUGAUAAAAAUGAAGAUCUGAAUGCUGAAUCUCGAUUUGUAGAAAUUAAACAGGCUUAUGAACUGCUGUCUGAUACAGAGAGGAGACAGGCUUAUGACCUGUAUGGAAUCACUAAUGAGGAUAACCAUAUGUACAAACAAAGACAUGACUAUAGCCAAUAUGCCAGGUUCAGCAAUGAUCCAUUUGAAGAGUUUUUUGGCACACACUUCCGAACUCAAGAUCAAGAUAUCACAUUAUUCCACAAGCUCUCAGUGACAUCACGACACUUUGAAAAUAAUAUAAUCGAAAAAAGCAUCCACACACCCGCUUUUGUUCUUUUCUACACGGAUUGGUGUUUCGACUGCGUACGAUCUGCUGCCGCAUGGAGAAGAUUGGUUGAUGCUUUGCAGCCUCUUGGUGUUACCUUAGCGACCGUCCAUGCGGGACACGAAGGGAACCUCGCCAGGCGAGUGGGAGUGCACGAGGUGCCGUGCCUCACAUUAGUACUGGAUAAACAUGUGUACAUAUAUAAGGAAGGUUUAUCCUCGAUGCCGAAAAUAUUGGAAUUCAUGCGGUGGAAGUUUCCGUAUAAGCUUGUGCGUAGUAUUAACAAUGGCAAUGUGGAGCCCUUCGUGUCAGACUUUGAGGAUAACAAGGUGAAGGCACUGAUCUUUGAAGAACGGCAAACCAUCCGUCUUCGUUACCUAGUUGCUGCAUUCCGCUACAGAGACAGAGUCGCAUUUGGGUUCGUGGACAUGACCGCUCGCGACACGCAGAACGUGACCGCUCGCUACAAGAUCCAGCGACAAACUGACACCAUGGUUCUCUUGAAGGAGGACUCCGAAGAGCCGGUCGCUACCGUCAGCACAACAGAGAUACCUACACAGACCCUACACCAGCUCAUAGAGGCAAACCAGAUGUUGACCUUACCCAGACUCUCUUCACAGAGUAUGCUGGAGAGCGUGUGCCCGGUGGAGUGGCGGUCGGCGCGGCGGCGGCUGUGCUGCGUGCUGGUGGCGGGUGUGGGCGGGGCGGGGGGGCGCGCGGCGCUGCGGGGGCUGGCGCGCGCGCACUCGCACCACGCGGACCGGCUGCACUACGCGUACGUGUACGCGCACAAGCAGCCGGACUUCCUGCACGCGCUCGCGCCCGGCGCAGGAACCGAUUCAUCUCAAAUGGAGCAUCGGGUAGUAAUAAUAUGGCGCAGGGAGACUACUCGCAUACAGUAUGAAUGGUUGAACGAAACAUGGCCGGUGUGCGCGCACCAACACUGUGUUACCGGUGAAUACCCGUCUGACCCCGUGCUGAGAGAAGAGCUGCUCAAGUAUCAGGAGCGAUUGAACGAGACAAAGAGGGCGUUGGAACAGCUCAUCAAGAGAUUGCUCAAGCCGAACGAGGUGUUGGCUUAUGAAGCUCAUGUGCAGGAGUUGGUGGACGAGGCGGGCGUGGGGCGCGUGGGCGCGGCGGCGGCGCGCGUGCGCGAGUGGGCGGAGCGCGCGCUGCAGGCGCUGCGCACGCACCACGCGCUGUCCGCCGCCUCCGUGCUCGCCACGUGCGCGCUCGUGCUCGCCGCCGGGUACCUGAUGGCGUACCUCAUUCGGGUCGAGGAGGAGUCAGUGCGACGUCAGAAAGAAGAGCGCAGGAAGCAAAGUUGCAACGGAAAGAAGAACAACAACGAACCGCAGCCUGAGAUGAGGCUGCACGAAUUGAGAGCUGAGAAAUAUAACGGACUUGUCAGAUUACUAAAGCCCGGAUGUCGGACGAUCGUUCUGCUCGUAGAUAUGCAGAGUCGAGUGCAGUUGUUGUCCAAGUUUCAUAAGAUCGUGUGGCCAUACCGCAAGAACAAGACCCUCCUGUUCGCGUACCUGAUGGUGGAGCGCAACAUCGAGUGGUUCCGGCGCGUGCUGCAGCUGUCGCUGGGCGGCGGCGAGUUGCGGGUGAACGCGCGCAACUGCGUGGGCACCGUGCUGGCCCUCAACCCGCACCGGAAGUACUUCUGUAUAUACCACGCCAAGCAUCCAGAGUGCGCUAAGCCACACAAGCGCAUGUCCCGAAUGACUCGCUCGCUGGGCGGGGGCGGGGGCGCGGGUGCGGGCGCGGGGGGCGCGGGCGCGGCCGACGGGGACCCGGAGGCGGGCGCGUUCAUCGGCUUCCACACCGAACCUGACUCCUCCUCCGCUGACGAGGCGCCAGAUCCGCCAGUACUACUACAAGAGAAUCUUCUGGAUGGUCUAGAGAACUGGUUGGACCGCCUGUUCGAAGGCAGCACUCAUCGGUACUACGUGAACUACUGGCCCGACAUGACCACCAAGUGA